CUAGUCUCUUGUGUGCCAUAGUGUCUCUUCUUCUUCUUCCUCUUUCGCAAUUCCAUGCUUCUUCUUUGUUUCUCCCAUCACCUUCUCCAUGAUCCUCUGCUCCGGCCGCACAUCAUGACUCUGAUUCCUCCUCCGUCGCAGCAAACACCUAACUCACCUCAUCGAAUCCCCAAUCGCCGAGUUCUCGAAACUAUUGCCGUCGUGGCCGGAACCCUAGGCGGCGCCGCCACCUUCAUCUCCUAGAUUCCUCCUCCGUCUCCUGCGAUCUAAUCUCCAAAGUCGGCCACGACUUCAAAUACGACGUCACACAUCCCCGAUCGUGGCCCCGGAUUUAAAGGUCAAUAACGUAAAUACACCGAAGCUUCAUCUUCCUCAUCCUUCUCCUCCUUCCCUUAUCUACCGUGAGAUGAUGCUUCUUCACCAGUAAAAAUGAAAGAGAUAAUGGCGGUUUCUCCAGAUCAAUCCAUGUGCUCCUUCUCUGGUAACCAUCCGUUUUACCUCGGGAACCUUGAUGGCGAUCAAGUGGAGAAGUUCUGGAAGAGGUUCGCGGGGUUGUCGGAGAUUAUGGAGAUUAUGGAGAUUCCUGUUCUGAAAGGAGAGAUCGUGUUGCCCACAAAGAAAAAUAAAUUAAAGGUGUUGGUAAAGGGAAGAAGAAAUGAUGAGAACUUUGUAAUGUUGAAAUUGAGUUUUCUGGUAGUUACUGGGAUUGCUCGGCCUUCUGGUUCUGAUAAGCUUUACACUGCUACUAAAGUUGAGACUCUGCGAAUUUGGGAUUGUGCUUCUGGACAGGUUUCGAUUUGCCUGCCUCUUAGAGUUCAUUCCAUAGUGUGGCUAUUCUUCAAUGGAUACUUGUCAUUGUUUGGUUAGAACUUAGGACCAAGGGGUGUGUCUCUCACACUGCUGAGCCACCCCUGUUUAUGUAGUUUAGCUUUUGAACUCAAAACACUAGUUUAAAUAAGCAUGCUUGCAGUUUGCAUUACCGAAGGCUUUCUGUCUAUACUGAGAAUCACUUUACUCUUUGGAUUUAUUACUCUUCCAAAUAUAGAGUUUUGAUGCUUAUUUGUAUAUGUUUUGGUGUCACCAACUUAGUUCUUUUUACUUGUUUCCUGUUUGUAAAGAAUCAACUUGUUUGUUUUGUUUGAUUGGAACAUAUCACAAAUUACUUUGAUCUGUUAUGUUUUGAAUGAAAAAGUUUAUGUCAA